AUGCAUUGUUUACUAUUGGCUGUGGCAACGUUCACUGCAGCAGUUGUCGGUGGGAUCCCCGACAAAGAAGGGUGUUUCAACUUCAUGACGGAUUUUCAAAAUGAAAUCAAAAAGAACUUGGACAGUGAAGAGAAGAGGCGUUGGAAUUGUGAGCAUGCCAUGACGGAUAUAAAAGAGCUUGUAAGGGGGAACUGGACGGUUUAAAAUUACGGGCUAUCACUGUGACAACUGGACAGAGAGUGUUAUUUUCUACAUAGUACUAUCUCUUUAAAAUUGACCCCGGGGAUCUUUGAAUUUGUUCGCUGUAAAGGCUCAGCAAUCCGGGAGUUUUUUGGACAGAGAUAUAGCCCAAUAAGACGUUGUUGAAAGUAAUUUUUCUUUGAUUGUCUCGGUAACGGUCUCGGCGUUAUCACAUCCUAGGCAGAGGACUAAGGUUGAGGGCUCGCUCACGGUUUGCAAUGGCACGUUUUCGGUUUUUACGGAUUCAUUGUUGACCUCCAUAGGUCAUUUUGUGCUCCAUAAAGCUACAAGUUCUUUUCCAGGUGCCCAGUGAAGCUGAUCAAGAAUCAGCGUGCGUUCGAGGCAUCUUGGAGUGCUUGGAAGGUCAAGAGGAAGUCAACACUCUUCAUUCAACUCCUGACACUUGUUGUCGACAUUGCUCUUGA